CGAUUGCCUCCCGAAUCAAUCCUUCUCAACGAUUUUCACAACCGCCGUCACUCAAACACCAAUGAGCCCAGCUGUCAAGAUCCAAAUUUUAUCAAUUUAUCACUUUACCGUGCUCCGUAAAUUCAUCAAGGAUGUUUUCAACUCAUCGUUGAGUUGCGCAGAAAAUCUGCAUGAUAAACAACAGGCUCAUGGCGCUCUCUACCGUGACAGUAUUCAUGCUAUCGGUCGCUCCUACACCUCCUCCUACCCCACUUGUGAUAGUACGUCGCCCGUCAGAUGAUGACAACUAUCCGUCCUCGAUCGUGGACAUGGAAAGUUUUGUUUGUCAUAGAAAGCACCCUCUCGAUUCGCAAGGGCUACCUUUGAUGAUAUGCCAGAGUCGAAUUUUUUUAAUCAUAUGCUGCGCAUUGACUUGUACCCCCCGAUCAGAUCCUCCACUGAGCUCCAGUACAUCAUCACACUCGAUUGCUUCCGUAUUCUCAGACAAGAGGCAAAUACGUGGAAUACCUUCAGGCCCAUUACAACGGAUGUGUUUUGCUUUACGAUCUUGCUCGACUUCAACUCGGUUGUCCACCAAAAUGUUAUCUCCACUACGCCAUGUCGAUCCUGCGUCCAACGCGGUCUCAAGUACUAAUAAUAUCCUUCCGUACGAUAUCCACGGGGGAGGAACAUCCUUUGUUGUAUGGAUCCCAUGUACGCAGGCGGCCAUGUCUGACAAUCUGCAUACGAUAUUAUUAUGCUGCUGGACUCUACGAAAACCGGGACCCGUGCUGACCGUUGCAUAUGUCGAGUUGGCAACGAUGUAGUGAAACUACCAAUUAACUUGUAGAACCAGGUUGCUGCCGGCGAAGCUCGGCUUUUUUUCUAGUGUGACAGCUUUUAUGGUUAGACAUAAUUGCAGCAGAUGCGAUAUUUUUUAUUUCAUAGUGACAUGGGUGCCUGUUGUCAUUAAUGCCAUGCUGGGCGUCAUCAUGAUGAUUCGGAUACAUGCCAUGUAUGGGCGAUCCAAAAAGAUGCUCAUAUUUCUCGCUGUACUCUUGCUAAUUUUCACGAUCG